AUGUCUGAUACAUAUGGGAAUCAACCGCAGACACCACUGCCCGGCACCGGGCGAAGGGUGCAGACAUCUCAACACACAGGCGUUGUCACUACACAACCAACAAGCGCUUGGCUGCCGCCCACACCUACCACUCCGUCGACAUUUGCAGGACAUCCCGGUGUCGGUCAGCAGUUAUUUUCCUACAACAGUCCCAGUAUUGGUUCGGCUCAACCGUCGCCCCCUCCCGGCGCUCUCACACCAACAAGUUUGCCAUCUAAUAGGCACCCGAGUUGGACAGGCAGUGAAUCAAACACAAGUACUACCCCAUCGCUCCCACUUUACCGACGACCACGAAGAGUGGCCUUACCCGGCGGUGUCGUACCGGUCAUGACAGGGCAACACCCGCUACCGGUAUUGGCACCCCCUUCCCCCUACCUACCACCAAUCAAUCGUCUCGAAGGCCAGUACGAAGUGGCGCCCCGCGGCUAUGAGCCAACACAUGUGCUCCCGGAUCAGAGCCUAUCCGGUGAAGUACACGUCAGUAGCGGCGAUGAGUACAGCGGUUGGUUGGGAGGUCUGGUGCCCACCCGUACCGGUUACGCAGCGUUGAGGGCCAAGACUGAGCGCGAUGUGGCCAAAGUACGUGAGUUGGGCUUUGAUAUUCAUAUGGGCACCGGUAAGGAGAUUGGCGAGGGAUCGUUUAGCCAGGUGUUUCCCGGCACUUACACCUCACAGAUACGAGAAUUUCAAAGCACUAGACAGGGCAGGCGCCUGACCCAGGUACAGCCGGGGCAAAGGUUUGCCGCGAAAUACGCUCAGUUGGCCACCGGUAUCAGUGCGGUUCCAUACCUGUGCCUUAUCAUCGAGAAGGCUGUGAUGAAAGCGCUGAGCCAUCCAAACAUUAUGGCCUACAAAGUGGUCAUUAAUAUCGGCCAAAGAGUGAUACUUCGCAAUCUAGCGGGCAAUCAAUCGCCCGACCAUAUGGGCUAUAGGCGGGUCUUUUUGAUCAUGGACUUUGCCGACCAUGGCCAUUUGCUUCAGUUUGCUGACCAAGACAAUAAACUCACCGAUCAAUUGACGGUGAGAUUCACCGGCGAGUUGGGCUCA